AUGGUUCAAGUAGGUGACAAAUUCCCAACGGAUGUGGCAUUAACGUAUAUUCCAUGGACUCCUGAAAAUUCUGGAGUCUUAGCUUGUGCUAUUCCAAUCCCAUACGACUUAUCGAAGAAAUUGCCAGGUAGGACCGUAGUAAUUGUUUCUGCCCCAGGUGCAUUUACCCCUACUUGUACGGCUAAUCACAUUCCUGUUUUCAUUGAGAAAAUCGACGAAUUCAAAAAGAAAGGCGUAGACGAUGUGGUCGUUAUUACCACUGACACUCCUUUUGCCAAUGCUGCUUGGGGUAAAGCCUUAGGUGCCAAAGACGAGAUCAUCUUUGCAAAUGACCCCUUGGCCGCUCUGUCGAAAGAGUUGGGCUAUCUAAAGAGCGAGGUACCUGCUUCUUUUGGGAUUCGUGGUGCCAGAUAUGCCGUCGUUGUCAAGGACGGUGUUGUUUCUUAUUUUGGUGUUGAAACAAGCUCAGGCGUGACUGUCAGUGGUGCUGAUGCGGUUUUGGAAGCUCUAUAG